AAUAUGGCAAGCAGUGUCUCUCCUGAACAGAAUCAAAAUCACUGCUCAGUCAUCAACAACAGCAUCCCGCUGAUACAGGGCAGUCUUCCCACCCUGACCUUGUCUGGAAAGAUUCGAGUGACAGCUACUUUCUUCCUUUUUCUACUUUCCACAACUUUUAAUGCUUCUUUCUUGUUGAAACUUCAGAAGUGGACUCAAAAGAAAGAGAAAGGGAAAAAGCUCUCAAGAAUGAAGGUGCUUUUAAAACAUCUGACCUUAGGCAAUCUGUUGGAGACUCUGAUUGUCAUGCCAUUGGAUGGAAUGUGGAACAUUACUGUUCAGUGGUAUGCUGGGGAGUUCCUCUGCAAAGUUCUCAGCUACCUGAAGCUCUUCUCUAUGUAUUCUCCAGCCUUUAUGAUGGUAGUGAUCAGCUUGGAUCGCUCUCUGGCCAUCACAAAACCCAUAGCUAUGAAACGCUACAGUAAGCUUAGACAGUCCAUGAUCAGCCUUGCAUGGAUCCUCAGUUGUGUCUUCGCUGGACCACAGUUAUACAUCUUCAGAGUGAUCCAUGUAGCAGACAGCUCUGAACAGACUGAUGUUUUCUCUCAAUGUGCAACACACUGCAGUUUUCCACAGUGGUGGCAUCAAGCCUCUUACAACUUUUUCACCUUCAGUUGCCUCUUCAUCAUCCCUCUUCUCAUCAUGUUGAUAUGCAAUGCGAAAAUCAUCUUCGCUCUGACACAAGUACUUCAUCAGGACCCCCACAAACUACAACUGAAUCAAUCCAAGAGCAAUAUACCAAGAGCACGGCUAAGGACACUAAAGAUGACGGUUGUGUUUGCCACUUCAUUUACUGUCUGCUGGACUCCUUACUACGUCUUAGGAAUUUGGUACUGGUUUGAUCCUGAAAUGUUAAACAAGGUAUCUGACCCAGUAAAUCACUUCUUCUUUCUUUUUGCACUUUUAAAUCCAUGCUUUGAUCCACUUAUAUAUGGAUACUUCUCUCUGUAAUGGAUAGACUACACCAGAAAUUAUAUAAGGAAAGAGCAAGGUAACGAAUUUCCCCACUUGGGAAUGACAAACCCAAUAGGUACAGCAUGUUUAUAUGCAAAUAAGACAGGAUUUAAGGCUAAUUUACCAUCCUUAUUUUUUUAGAAAC